GCAAUGCAAAUGUCAAUGAUGAAGAAAGAAAGGCAUGUAUUUUCUUUGCAUCUUGCAAUUGAGUUUUUUAUUUUAAUUGUACUGUCGAUUCCCAUGACAGACAUCAUUAAGAUGAUGCAGGUCUAUAUUGUGUACAUGGGAUCAUGUGUUGAGGGGGACACAUACCAAACAACAGCUGUCCAUUUCAAUAUGCUCCAGCAAGUAAUUGGCGAAAGCUCUGUAAAAGAUGUCUUGAUAAGAAAUUACAAAAGGAGCUUUAGUGGAUUUGCUGCCAGGCUCACUGAUCACGAGGCAAAGAGGCUGGAAGGAAUGAAUGGAGUGGUCUCCGUUUUUCCUAGUACAACUUUCUAUCCACAAACAACAAGAUCAUGGGAUUUCUUAGGUUUGAAUGAAACCGUCAAGCGCAACCCAAUCGUGGAGAGUAAUGCCAUCAUUGGUGUGAUUGACAGUGGAAUUUGGCCUGAAUCAGAAAGCUUUAGUGACAAAGGUUUUGGUCCUCGUCCCCAAAAAUGGAAAGGUUAUAAUCCAUCCUCCUAUGAUUUCACUGGUUACAGCAAGCUUAUUGGAGCUAGAUUUUAUGCAACUAACUCAGCGAGAGAUGAUACUGGUCAUGGGAGCCAUACUGCAUCUAUUGCAGCUGGAAACCAUGUCAAAAGUGCUAGUUUAUUUGGGGUGGGAGAAGGAAUUGCCAAAGGAGGGGUUCCUUCUGCAAGGAUAGCUGCAUAUAAAGCUUGUGAAGACAACGGGUGCACUUCAGAUGGAAUUUUGGCAGCUAUUGACGAUGCAAUAGCUGAUGGAGUUGACUUUAUUACAAUUUCAUUAGGAACUCUAACUCCCUUAAAGAUCACAGCUGAUCCUAUAGCAAUUGGUGGUUUCCACGCAAUGGAGAAAGGAGUUCUUACCCUACAAUCUGCUGGAAAUACUGGGUACGGUCCAGCAUUUUUUCCAACUGCUAGCACAGCACCAUGGGUGCUUUCUGUUGCUGCAAGUAGCAUAGAUCGCCAAUUCAACAGCAAGGUUGUUCUUGGGAACGGGGAGACACUAACGGGUUUGGCAAUCAAUACAUUCACACUAAAUGGAACAAAGUUCCCGGUAGUUCCUGGAGAAAAUGUUACAAAUGGUUCUUGCGAUGAAACCAGAAGUCGGGCUUGUGGCUCAGGGUGUCUAAACAAAGAAGCAGUACAGGGAAAGAUUGUGUUGUGCAACGAUGUUAAUGGAGUUAAGGGAGCCAUGGAUGCCAGUGCAGUAGGAGCAAUUCUCUUUAACAGUUUAAUUGAAACUGUUCCUAGUGCAACGAUUUUCCCAUUACCUGCCACAGCUUUGAAUAGCGAUAACUAUACUGUUGUGGAAAACUACGUAAAGUUCAACAACACCAAAAAUCCUGUAGCCGAAAUAUUAAAAAGUGAAACCGAUAAAAACCCUAAUGCUUCUAGAGUAGCUCUCUUCUCUUCACGUGGACCAAAUCCUUUAAUACCGGAUGUUCUGAAGCCAGAUUUAAGUGCUCCUGGGGUGAAUAUCUUGGCAGCGUUCUCACCUUUAGCUCCACUCACACAAUAUCCUUCUGACACAAGGCACACCAACUACAAUUUUAUUUCUGGAACUUCCAUGGCUUGUCCUCAUGCUGCUGCUGCUGCUGCCUAUGUUAAAACAAUUCAUCCUGAUUGGUCUCCUUCUGCCAUCAAAUCUGCUUUGAUGACUACUACUUCCUUCGUCGAGCCAAAUCCUGAAGUUGGUCAAGGUCUAGGACUUGCUUUUUCAUCCGGAAAUAUUAAUCCUGUGCAAGCUAUUGAUCCAGGACUUGUGUAUGAAACUUUUAAAGAAGACUACAUACAAAUGCUUUGCAGCAUUGGUUAUACUUCAAAUUAUAUUAGAGCAAUAUCUGGAGAUAACAGCUCUUGUCCAGAAAGCUCAAAGAUUGUACCUGCAAGGGAUUUGAAUUAUCCUUCAUUGACAGCUCAGGUUCCAAUUAGAGGCAAACCUUUCAAACUUGAGUUUCAUAGAACAGUUACAAAUGUUGGCAAUGCAAAUUCAACUUACAAGGUACAAGUCUCUCAAAAGUCCGAGUUCAAUCUCACCAUCGCUGUAGUUCCUGAAGUUUUAUCUUUCGAGUCUAUAAGUGAGAAGAAGUCUUUCACCGUGACUGUUACUGCAGAAGAAUGGAUCUCCUGCACCGCGGCGGUUCCGGUAUGGCCGUCAAUUCCGCUAACAAUUUCCGAGCUCCCUGUAGAGACACGCUCGUGGAUUGCGCCGCGAAAUCCGUCACACGAAGUGAAAUCGUUUAGCUCGCGUGCACUGGAUUCUGAUGAUGAGAUCAUCGGACUCAUCGACACAGAAGCGAAUCUACGCAACCCAACCGUGGAGAGUAAUGUCAUCAUUGGUGUGAUUGAUACUGGAAUCUGGCCUGAGUCAGAAAGCUUUAGCGACAAAGGUUUUGGUCCUCCUCCCAAAAAGUGGAAAGGUGCCUGUGACGGUGGCAAAAAUUUUACUUGCAACAACAAGCUAAUCGGAGCUAGAUAUUACACUACUGUCUCAGCAAGAGAUGACGAAGGUCAUGGGAGUCAUACUGCAUCUACUGCAGCUGGAAAUCCUGUCAAAGGUGCUAGUUUCUUUGGGCUAGGAGAAGGAACUGCCAAAGGAGGGGUUCCCUCUGCAAGGAUUGCUGCAUAUAGAGUUUGUGAAGCAAUCGGGUGCGGUUCGCACGAAAUUUUGGCAGCUUUUGACGAUGCAAUAGCUGAUGGAGUUGACUUGAUUACAAUUUCAAUAGGAGGUGAAUUCCCCAUAGACUUCAAUGUUGAUCCCAUAGCAAUCGGUGCCUUCCAUGCCAUGAAGAAAGGAAUUCUUACCUUACAAGCUGCUGGAAAUACGGGGUCCUAUCCAACAUUUAUGUCAACUUCAAGUUCAGCACCAUGGGUGCUUUCUGUUGCUGCAAGUAGCAUAGAUCGCCAGUUCAUCAGCAAGGUUGUUCUUGGGAACGGGAAGACACUAACGGGUUUGUCAAUCAAUACAUUCACGCUAAAUGGAACAAAGUUCCCAGUGGUUUCUGGAGAAAAUGUUGCAAAUACUAGUGCCUGCGGGGAAGCUGAAGCUCGGUGAGUUUCCAAUUGAGUUUCAAUUUCAAAAAUAAUAACUUAAAUUUGGCAAAAUAAAAAGAAAAUCUGAUUGCUUUGUUCUGUGUAAGGGCUUGUUACGAGGGGUGUCUCAACAAAGAAGCAGUAAAGGGAAAGAUUGUAUUGUGCAACCAAGUUUAUGGGGCUGAUGAAGUCAAGUCUGCUGGUGGAGUAGGAGCAAUUGUCUAUAACAAUUUAAAUGAAACUGUUCCUCAUGC